UUCUACAUAAAAAACAAAAAAAAAACCAAAGAAAAAAAAACGCCAGAAUUCACUUUUUUAAUAUUUGUUUUAAACUCCAUUAUGCCAGCGCAGUCUAUGGUCCCUGCUGGGAACUACGAGGUUAAAAAACGAUUUCGACAUUUGGAAGAUCAGCGAAAAAGAAAGGACAUGCCAUGGCAUAAAAACGUACUCGACUUGGAGCAUCAUAAACUUUUUGCCCGCACCGCGAAGGGAUGGGGAAGAAUUAUUUUCUUCUAUCUAUUGUUGUAUCUGCUGAUCACCUUUAUCCUCAUCACUGUGAUUUUUUUUUUUUACCAGCUUCAUUUUAAAGGCAAAUCGGAGCCAAUGUAUACUAAGCCUGGACCCGGGUUUUCAAGAUUUCCAAGAAACGCUAUGAUUAAAUUUCAUAUUGCCAUACCAGAGGAGACAUAUGAUUAUGCAGAUGAGAUAGACAAUUUACUAGAAAAGUUCGGUCCUGAAGUACCACAGAAAUUCCAGGACUGCAAUAAAGACAAAUUAUGGGGAUAUCGCACCAAGACUCCGUGCGUAUUCAUCAAGUUCAAUAAAAUGAUUGGAUUUCAUGCCAAAACUUAUGACGAUAUCGCUAGUCUGCCGAAAAAGAGACCAAGAGCCUUGAAAGAUAUGAUUAAAAAGUACCCUGGUGGAGGCAAGAUCUGGGUGACAUGCGAGUCAGACAAGGCAGUGAAAUUUAAUUUUAUGCCACAUCCCUUUUUUGACAGAUCAAAGUACAUGAACGAUUUGGAUCGCCUUAUUGCCGUACAGAUGAAAAAUAUUCCUCACGAGAAAAAGAUUCAUGUCACAUGCAAGAUGUGGGCCAAAAAUAUUGAAAUCAAUGAUCAAAUCGAUGGCACCGGUAAUAUCAAAUUUUACAUGACAAUGUUUGUAUAGUAAUGGAAACGGAAUUAUUCAGAGUCUUCCCACCAUCAGUGCCCACCGUAUCAACAAAAGACAAUCUAAGCAGUUCCGCUCAAAAUUUGAAAAUCAAAUGUACACUCAAUUAGAAAUAUAUUACAGUAA